GGGGCUUGACCGAACCCAAACCGAAACCUAGCUACAGGCUGCAGGGUGUGGAUGCUUUAGUCGGUGCUUGAUAUAAAUAUUACAGCAUCUUCAUUUCUCACAGACAACCCGGUCAGGUGGGUCUAGAAUUUUAAAGAAAUGGAUUAGUCUAGCUCCCUUGUAGUGGGGGUACAGACACUCACACAAUUUGAUUCUUGUCAAGGUUCUCGGGAAAGAGCCUGUUCAAGACAGAGCGCAUGCAAUCGAAAAUAUGACAUCCUUGAAUGUGUAUACUGCAUGAACUGUAACACGCAUGAAAUUUGUGGGGAAUUAUUAUUAUAACAGUCUACUUUUAUUUACAAUGGUAAAGUUAUACGGCAUAGGUUCGAAGGCAGUUGUCAAAAAUUUCCUACAAGAUAUUAUUUGUGUCACGUAUUAUAUUGUUGGAGCAACCUUGGAAUUGCUAAUGAGGUAAACCUCGUAACUAGAUAUUUGAGCAGCUCAACAGACGAUUUCGAGCUCUAAAAAAUUUUUCCACAAUUCUUCAUACACUUCUCUCUUUAUAGCAAAAUAUUUAGCGAAACGAUCUCACGCAUUUAUUUGUUGAUUUGCUCAAAAUUAUGAAUUCGACCGAUUGAGUGUCUUGAGUCAUUGUUUGAGUUUCAUCCCCUUCCAAUUUGCCAGUAGGGCUUACUUUGCAUUGUCUUGGCCCUGCUGAGUUGAUUCUAAUAUGCCGGGGUGGUAAGUUUAAUCGCGUAUUUUUAAACUUAAUUUAGACUGCAUCCGGCUGCAGAAAGAUACAUUUGUAGUCAAAACGCGAUAUUCCAGAAAUCUGCCUCAGCAGUCUGCAAAUGAGACGGCCUUUGUUAGUUCGACCUCUCUUUACUUUGACUAAGGCUGUACCAUGCACUUAGCUGUUUAAAAACCGUAGUAAAUUUACCUUGCUUUAUGAUCGUCUCAUUACAGCAAAGCGCUUGUCGAAAAUACCGAAGCACAGGAAAAACGCAAAUGAACCGCUGUCGUUUUCUCCGUGAAAACACCUAACACUUCACAACAGUACUACAGUGGAACCUCUAUAUAACCAAGUCCUCGGUAUUAAUCGAACGAUUUUCUUGUCCCGGCCAGUAAUUUUAAAAUAUAUGAAAAAGAACCUCGAUAUAUAACGAAACCUUGUUAUAUCGAACAAUUUUUGCCAGUGCCUUGGCACUUAAUUGGUUAUAUCGAGUUUCCAAUGUAACUAAGCUUCCAUUGUAUUUGCAUUCAUUUGUCUCUUGAAGGUGUGUGUUGGAGUUUAGAAAACUCUUUUUUGCCUGCAAAGCCUUACUGGUAGCGUACUUUUAUCGAGCGACAUUUUUAAUAGGUGCGUUUUUGUAUCUUUAUACGAUUGAUCCCUUUUUCACCCACUGCCUUUUUGGCCAAGGAAGUUAAACCAUACUGCCCAUAAAUUGUUUUGAAUCUGUAUGUGGCAAUUUAAGUUAGCACAAAUUAUACGCCCCUUAAUAAAUCUCAUUGUCUUCGGAACGUAUUUUAAGUAUUUUUGACCAUGCAACUUUAAAAAAUUAUAUCUCUGCUGUUAUUUACAGUUCUAUAUCAAGCUAUACCUCAUUAGAAAGGGUAACAAUUAAACUUUUAGAAAAAAAAAUAUUUCGGUCUCAGGGAACCCAUAAUAUUCUGUAUAAAAGAAAAUAAACAAGGCAUAUUUUUAGAUAAUUAUUUUUAAAAAAAUUUAAGAGUGUAAUUUUGCCAGAAAAGUUGUAUAUUUUAUGUAAUACAGUACAAAUAUUUUUUUUUAUUCAAUAUCUGAGUAAAAUAGCCCGAAUAUCGGUCGAAAAAACAGAGCGACUAACAAUUUUCUACAAAUUUAUUUUGUGACCCUAUCGGAUUAUGCAAAUGAGGUCAGCAAAGAAGCAAAGAUUCUUACUGUUUUAUUACCUCUAUUUUCGCGUUUAUUUCGCUUGUUAUCCUCCAGAAUCCUCCAAAAUAAUUCGCUUGACUUGUAUUUGGUCGAAAUUCGUCGAUAAAAGUUUUCAUUCUUCGCAAAAGCCGCGACAAAAUUCUUCCCGACGGAAGCGCCACUUUUACUAGAUUUGACAAAAUCGUUGCGUGAAGCUCAAAACUCCCCAGGUCCUGGAACUUGGGACAUAAUUGGCUAAAUCUAUUGACUUCCUGUGGGCCAAAUGUGGAGGCAAUCGGAAGUAACAAAAUUUUUUGCGAGUGUUGGUCGCGUCAUCGACCUAAACUGGUCGAAACGUUCACGUUCCGAAGACAAUGAGAUUUAUUGGCGGCAAAAUAUGAUAAUCACUAUGAACUGGGUCUGAGCAGCAAACACGCAAAGAAAUGGAAAUAAUAUUUCAAGACAGUGAUUGUGUUGUCUGAGUUUUACAUUUCGUAAAGCAGCUUAAUUUUGCAGAUCGAUCAGUGACAAGCUAAGCGGUCGAAAAAUUAUGUUGCCGUCGACGCACAGUUUUCAACUGGAAUUAGGUGUGGCUGAACACGGUUCAAUAGGUUUUUGAUCGUAUAUUACCGUCAAUAUUACACUCCUUCCCUGUCAAAUACGCCUUUUCAAGGGGAGAAAUUUAAUAGUUCCAAGUGUUGUUUGCAGGAUACGAUGUGAUGUGUGAAUGGUCUAUGACUUGCAGCAGCUCUCAAAAAAUUAAAGAUUUUCCAGAGCCAGUCGGCAAAAUUAACGAAAAUGUCAACUUCGCAUUUAGUAAUUUCUGAUGCAAAUUAUAACAAGUGUUGAGAUCUGCCAAAGACACCGCAGUCUGGUCAAAUAAAAGGAGCAAAGUUAUUGGAGGACAUUUCUGGCGUGAGAUUAAGGGUGUGUUCCUUUCGGCGAAUCCAAAAACGGAUUUUGAUCCUAGAUUUUCCAGAUUUCGCGGUCGAAAGGAACGUGAAAUCCGAAAGUGGAUUUGUAACCUUGGUAACCUUUCGCCAACGCGUGCAAUAUGCACGACAGCCUCUCAAAAAAUGACGUGUUUUCUACUCUUUGACAAAUAUACCGUGCAGAAUUUAGUGGUCGGCAGUUCGAAUAGCGACGAUGGAACAUAUAAAACAGACAAAGAAAGAAUGUCGGCCAGUUUGAUCCAGUUCCAUAGCUCGGAUUUUUUUAUGUAACACGAUCGAGUGCCUGUCGCGUCUACAAGCGAGUUUGUAGUUAGAUAGCAGUUCAUUUACUUACUUAUUUCUGAUUUCAAGCAGUCUUUUAGAGACAAAUGGUUAGUAUAUGGAUUUUUUAAUGUACCAGGAACAAUUCUCUAAUGUUUUCAGAUGUUUUGCGGCAAAUGACAGCAACGAAGAAACUCUACGGCGUCUAUGGGAAUACUUCAACUGGAAAUACCGCUGGAUCAUCGACUAAUUUCGGAUCCACUGUGAAUGGAACAGCGUAGAUCACUAAUCCGUUAAUCUGGAUUUGGAUUCUUCGGAUUUCAAAUCCAAUGAAUCCUUGUUCAAAAAGGAUUCACCAGAUCAAAAAUCCGGAUUUGGAUUUGCCGAAAGGAACGCGAAAUCCGUUCUUAGAUCUAAAAUCCGUUUUUGGAUUCACCGAAAGGAACACACCCUAAUUCGCAAGAAAAUGAAAGCCGCAGUUUGGUUGUCUGUAUUCUGGGAAAGGAAUGUACGUCGGGUUGAUUAGAAGCAGCCGUUGCCGGUUCAAAGCUCAAAUUUCGCAUGCACAAUAUAUACUUAUAUGACAUAACAUUUUUUAGGCUAAAAGUGUAAAAGUGAGGGUUGGUUCGUUGCCAUAGUAACAUGGAUGAUUGCAAACAAGCAUAAAAUUUUGAAACAAGCGCUCUCACAUUGCUCUCUUAAGCCACGUAUGUGUGUCCGGGCUUUAAGUCAUGUGAUAUAUGAGAGGCAACGUGUGGGCAUUUUUAUCAGCUUGUCGUCACAGGUUUUUCUUUAAAAGCUUAUUGGCUGCAUAUCUGCUCAUGAUAAAGUUGUUAAACAUGCACAUAAAUGGCCAUAGGUUAAAGCAGUUCGUUUCAAUUACAUGCUUUUGGUAAUGACCUGGGCCUGACUUUGUUGCUUUCAAAAGACAAGCUUAAUUUCGACGGCUACGUAAAAUAGGCAUAUCGUCAGCAUAAUUUUUCGAUCAAUUACACAUUUGCAAAUGGCUAUUCAUUUUGUUGCACUAGCCUCACAGAGACUUCAUCAAUGUGAGUUAAGGAAACAUAAGCAGGAUGCAUGAGUUUUUGCCAGUAUCCUUGCAUUCUCAUCAGGAAGCCGACUGAAAUGCUUUGGAAAUUAAGAAGGGUUACAGGGUCGGAAUUACAUGAUUACCACAUACACGGAGUCGACAGGCUAGAUCGGCCUGAUGAAGAAAAGCCUUAUUGUGUGGCAUCUUUAUCUCUAGGAUUGUUGAAUUUUACUUAACUAUUUUAAAACUUGUUUACUUUUUCAGUCUGGAACAGUGGUUCGCGGAUACAACUUUGUAUUGUCCCCUUUUUUAUCGGAUGACUAGGUACUAUUCUGCGCAUGCCGUUUAUGUCUUCCUAGUGGGUAAAUUGCAUGUCUGUGCAGGUCAAAACCUCGCCCUUUUUUAUCGGCCGAGAACAAAAGUAGUGCAGUUAAAAGUUUGCAAUUUUUCUAAGGAAACAAUGCCAAAAUACAUAAAAAAACACGCCACCAUAAUUAAUACCACCAAAGAAACUAAUCCUAUUAUUUUGCAGGUAAUUCCUUCAAAGGAUCGACGCAUUAUGUUUUCCCCCCGGAAAAAGACGACUCGCGGAAAGGCUGAGAACAAAGAGCGAAAGCGGAAGGGACCCUCUCCUAUGUUCAUUCACAGGCAGAAUGCUUUUUCAAGACGUUCUAUUGAGGCAAAACCAUAUGCAGCAGUAGGGACGUGGUUUGUGGGACCUAAGGCCGAGAAUUCUGACAUAUUUACCAGUCUGAUGAAUGAAGCGAUCGAGUCUCAUUUUCAGUUUCGUCGAGGGUAAUUUAACAUCAUUUAUUCCAACAUUUUCCUUUUUAGUCGAGCCUGCUUUAGCAGAGCGAGACUCUAAAAAAGCAAGGGUUUUGUUUUGUUUUUUGGUGUGUCUUCCCCAAAUCGUCGGCCAUUGCCCCAGCCGUUCCUAGCGGAGACCGUGGAAACUGGGGAUAAGAAUCGUGACGAUGACUGAAACGACGCACAAAAUUGAUCACAUUUCGGCCGUUUGGCAAUGAUGUAAUUUUUUUCCGAGGCCCUUCAUUUUCGUGUAAUUAUACACGCGUAUUUAAAAGCUGAAGAGUACUCGACCGUCGAUAUUAUAGCGGGAAAUGGUUCAUUGAAAACGUUCAAGAUAAUGAUUUUUAAGUGUAUUUUAUGUUUAGUUUCUACCCUUGUGAUCCGCCUUAUGUGACAGACGAGGUGAGACAAGCUCCUUCUUUCCAGCUAUCCAAGUCAAAAAUGGAAUUUGAACUGAAGAAGAUGCAGAAAGAACUGCACAAGUCGGUGCCUUUCUUCAGCACGAGAUAUAAGGUGGGUUGUUGCCUCGGUUUGGGUACUUGGCAGAUGAUUUUAUAUGCAGCUACAAUAUGCCAUAAUUUACAAAACUGCAGGACAAAGGUUCAUCCAUGACCUUUUCUUAAUACUUGAAAACUGGUCUUAAAAUAAUUUGGAGAGAUAUCCCUCCUCCCCAUUUAUUGUUGUACGGCUGACAAGGAGGCGAUGCAAAAGUGGAUAACACAACAACAACAACAACAUAAUAAUACCAAUAAUAAUAACAAUAAUAACAACAUUUUUUUAUUGAUAAUAUAACAAUUCUUUAUUGGUUACUAAAUAAAAACACAUAUCUAAUGUUACAAAGUCGAUAAUAAUAAAGCUAUAUAAGUGGAGAAAAUGGAAGGGAAUAAAACAACAAAUAUAAAUAAUCUUAAAGCUGUUACAUUAAAAAAAUGAGUAUUUUUAUAUAAAUGCUUUCCUAAAGAAAAAGGGCCAAAUGUCUAUAAGACGUACUCUUAAUUAACACAGGAGAAGAAUUAACACGAGAAGAAGGAUUUAAAAAAGAUAAGAAUCCUAAAUGUGAAUGUUAAUACUAAAAUCUCGCUGGUUCCUUAUCGAUUUCAAAGCCUCUACUAAUCCUAAAUGUGAAAAAUAUUUAAAGUUCUAAUCCUAAAAAUCCGGCUACCUAGUUCCUUAUCAGUUUCAAAGUUGUUAUCUGUAAUCUUCAGCGGAGCUGUAGCUCUUCGCGUACAACGCGAGCCUCUCAAGCACAACAGCGCAGACCUCAGGAGGGCAAAUGAGACUUUGUCACGAAUCCCGACAUUGUAGUAUUAUAAUCCUCUCCUUUCUUGGUUGGUAAAAGUUCAGCCAGUCUACUGUGAUACCUCUUGCAUUUGUCCGCCAUUCAUCCUAUGGUAGUAAAUACCAGUGGUGUGAAGGAGCCUUCUUCGACUUCUAGCACCCUACUGGCAUACAUUCUCUUCUUCUAACUCUCACGCUGCCGUUAGAUUUGUUUUGUGGUGUCAGGGUUUUAUAAGACGCUGCAUUUGGGCAUCAAACCCUAACGUCAAAAGAGGCAGUCAAUGUCGAGCCAAGCAUCGGCUACUGUUCGUACAAGGUGUCAGCACUUCUCCGUUUAUCUGCUGAAGUACCGGCUCAAUUUGGACGUCAUAGUAUAUGCCAUCUGAUCAUUGCCAUUUUGGCUUCCAAAUCACGCAGGUCGUUAUGUAUUUGAAUGAUGAAGCCUCCUCGUCUGCACACUAUGGCGUGGUCUACAUCGAAAACACCUUCACACCCACAAGUAGACGGGGUUUCGCUUAAUUUUCAAUCAUAUCUGAAAUCAAAGCCAUCUUUGAAUUCUCUCUUAUUUAGAGUUAAAAGCCCACAUAUUUAACUGAAAUGACAGCAUGUAAGGCAGUUAGAAGCCCCCUUUCUCUGCAACAAGGUCGGCAGCUCUCUUAGUUUGCUCAGGAAGGGAAUUCUUCAGUUCCUGUAGGUUGUCUGUAAGGCGCUUAUGCUUCUCUCUACGGAUACAUUGCUACAGUGUACUAUUGCACGAUCGUCCGGGAGCUCUUGCUUGUGCGCCACUAUCUGUUCGACUGGUCGUUCAGUUAUCGCCAUUGAAGCUUCGUAUUCCGAGGCUGCAAUAUGACAUGGGUCUGUGAUCCCAAGACCACCCAUCGUCCUUACAGGCAAUGCUAAACAAACCACGCUCAGCAGGCGUGCAAGUGUGCCCUAUGAUAGCAUUUGGGUAAUAUCCUAGGCUAUAAGUCCCAUUUCACUGAGCACGUCCCACCACUUUCUCAGCUCUCUCAGAGGACCAGCGCACGUUGCAUCGUCAGCAUACCAAAAUUGCUUUAUAAGGCGUGACGAAUUUAAGCGUGUAAUUAACGGUUGAAGGCCAAUAGCGUACAGACUCAUAAAGGGGUCACCCUGUGUAAUUCCCUCUGCAGAUGUCCGCUCUUUUCCAACCAUCACGAAUAAGAUCAUAGGUUCGCUGUAGGUGUUUAUGGCACAGGUAGAUACAGAGGGGCACAGAAUCCUGGUAUUAUGUACGGUCACAGCCCUGUUCAAUGAAUUAAACUCAUUUGAAGCAUCAACUAAUGGCGCAAAGUUCGUAUCCUCAGCUUCAAAUGUACUGUACAUGGCGUGAACGGCUGUCUCGCCCCCAAUAGUCAGGCUUGCUCACACUCGAGUUGCAGGCAUCAAUGAUAUGUUGCUUUGUCUCUUUCUUCGCGCUCUUUCCGAUUAUUCUCCUGAUCACUUCUCCAAAACCAAUCGGCCGAACUUCGCCAUUUCUUUUUCUAGUGGGAUAAGACGGUUUGCCAAAAUUGGCUUGAUUGUGAAAGGUUUAAUAAAUUCAGUACAAAGUCUCUUUGCUAGCACCUAGACCUGUGCUCGCUUUUUUGAACGCCUUGCAGCGAGCAUCUUUCUGAAACCAUUAGCAUCUACCCCCGAUGGGCCGUCUGAAGAUUUAGUUCUUAAUGCCGUUUCCCUCACCAUUUCUCCAUUUAUCUCGUGGUAUAGGAUAUGUGGGACUGAUCCUCAACAAGACAAAAGUGCAAAGCUUCUUGCUGGGCUUCCUGUGUACUAGGGUGUUUAUCCGUAAGUUGUCUCAUUAUGUCAUCGCUCGAUGGCUGAACACCCCGACAGUCUUCUUAGCUCAGGCAACGCAGAGCUGAAUUGAUAUGCCCUUCCAUAACCAGCUUUGCGAAAAUUUCUGCCCGAUUCAGUAGUUUAGGUGUUCGAGACUCUGUUAAACGCUUCUAUAUCACCCGCUUUCACGCAGUAGAGUGUCUAUUUCUCCCUCUUUCCAUAAUAUUAGUCUCUUUGACAAACAGUCUUGAUGAUCAUUUUCUUUUGCGAUAAUAAAAUAAUAAUGACAAUACCAAGAAAAUAACGACAAACACACUCUCACGCGGCACAUUUGCUUGGAAAUCUUUCAUUAUAUUAUUGCGUGAGCAACCUAAAGACCAGUUAGUUCUCUGCUAACAGAGAACUAAUUAAUCUGUAGGUUGAGCUGACUUUCAAAAUUAACUGUAAGCUCUUAGCUAGAGAGGAGACAUAUGGUGCGAACAAUGUAUAAUAAUUAAGAAAAUUAUUGAUGGUUAACGAAUUGCCAUUUCAGGGUCAUGUGAAUUGAGACACAGCAGUCCCAGCUAAUAUUGGAUAUAUCGCUUCCAUUCUGUGGAACCAAAACAACUGUGCUGCCGAGGGAGGUCCAAUGACAACAGCGUACGAGAUUGAGGCUGGAAGUGACCUGUGUGAGAUGAUAGGAUUGGAUAGGGAUCAGAGUAUGGGGCACUUGGUAGCUGGAGGCUCAAUUGCAAACAUAGAAGCCAUCUGGGUAGCAAGAAAUCUGAAAUAUUAUCCUCUCGGGCUUCAAGAGGCUUUGCUUAAAGAUGAAAAGUUACGGGGAGCCCGUGAAUACGAGGUGAGUUAAUUCAUGCCAGUUAUUUGGACGCGAAAGACAAGAAUCAACUCAGGGCGCCAGACUUGUAUUUUCUUUUACAUGGUUAAAGUUCUUAAACAUAUCACAAACCCCUGUUUUUUUAUUCAUAUUAUUACUGAAUUAGCGCUCAGCUUCAAAUAAGCUCCUCAUCCUUCGAAUAAGGUAAAAAUUUGAAUUAUAAGCUCACGUCUUGAAAAAAUCAGCCUCACCCCAUCCCUCGAUAUUGAAUGCGUAUAUCGGCGAUGAAUAUAGCUUUGCAGAUUUUAUCACCUAAGAGAAAGUACCAUUUGGCACAUCAAACUGUCUAAAACACAGGUUUGUCGAGUUUGUACUAAAAGUACAAGUUUCAAUAUUUACACCCGGGUCUUUUUAUAUAUGUUUCCCUGUUAUCAGCAGCAUUCUUGUUCUAACUAGCUUAUCAGAGAUCACAUCAUUUUAAUAUUUUCGACGUAGAAACUCAUACCUCAUGAUACCCCUCAGCUAUGGGUAGUUUUUGAGCGGGCAGGUGUGAAUGCAGUCCUGACCCUUUCCCUCACCCUAGGGAACACAUAUUGCGUUAAAGUAUUUUUUUAAAAAAUUAAUUCUUUAGACAUAUUUGCUGCAAGUACGAGGGUUACAUUAUUUCAGUUAAAUCCUUACUUUCAAUUAAUAUUUACAGAUUAACCUGCCUCAAAAGGGCUGUAAUAUUCCUCUUGUAAAUGCCACACAAUGGGAGCUACUCAAUCUGGAUACGGACACCAUUAUUAAGAUGCCGUUUGACGUAGCGGAAAAAGCAGGGCUGAGCCAGGAGGAGUUUAGAAAAAUCAUGGGAAAAUAUCUUUACGAGUGCAUUGGUACCCAAGAAUUUUGCCGCCGACACAUGCUGACCAACAGUCCUUGCAUAGUAGUGGGAAGCACCUAUCAUGUGUCCUUUCUGAAAGGAGUAACUAUUGCAGGUCUUGGAAAGGAAAAUCUGGUUACAGUGCCAGUAGACAAAAAUGCUCGACUGGACGCUAACGGUACGUUGAAAAUGGGUAUUAGCUUUAGCAUCUCAUAGGGCUUUUUUACAUGACGUCAUUGUCGCCAUAUUGCUUUAAAGAAUUUCCGAAACAAAAUCUUAUGUAAGCUUGUUUUCUUUCAUUCCAUAAAUUUGCAUAGAUGCUAGCCAAUGAGUGAAAACACUCUAUAUAGGUGCGAGAAUCCGUUUAGGGAAAAGAAAGAAAUAACAAUUUGCUCAUUAUCCUUCGGGAGGAAAAAAACAAAGGAAGAAAGAAAGAAAGAAGGAAAGAGGAAUAAAUAUGUUAUUACAUUACCAGGAUUGCUGAUAUUCAUUUGACCAAGCCUAAAAGCGGAGCUUCUCAUGAUUCUCCAAUUUUUAUAUGGAAGGUGGCAAGGGAGUGGUGGCACAAAACAAGCAACAGUAAACAUGAAAAGCACUAUCAAGUAUAAUUCCCUAAUUAGCUUAUAAAAUCGUUUUCCAGUGGAUAGAGAUAUUACAUUCAGCCGAUUAUAGCGACUCAUCCACCUUUUGAAAUGGCCAAAUGUAUUAGGGAUGGGAAUGUAGAAUUUAGGUGGGCAUAUUUUGUCAAUCACUGUCAUAAGCUAAUGCCACUGCUUUUCCAGUAAUUUCUGUCUACGAUAACACCUCUCUUCAUUCUCUUCUUCACCAGUAUUGGAACUGACAUUAAAAGAGAAAAUGAAGAAUCACAUUCCCGUGAUCAGCGUGAUAAGUAUCAUGGGAACAACAGAAGAGAGUGCCGUUGAUCCUUUGGAUGAAAUUCUUUCUAUCAGGGAAAAACUGAGCAAGGAGGUUAGUUUAUCAUUUUAUCUUAUUUUGUUCUGAUUUCCCUCUCUACAAACAUAUCUUGGGAGGAUGUGAAUCGCCUGUCGAGGCACGGUAGGCUGCCAGAAGGCUCUCAAGUUGGGUAGUUCUUUCUUGCUGGGCUGUGUUACACAUUUAGACUGAUUUGCAUAGAGUCAAUUAAGGGACAGGCUAAGGAGUAUGAAAAAGCUAAGGUAAAGUUGAUAAUUCCCUAAACACGCCCAUUUUUGUAUUGCCGCUAAGUCAGAAGUCUUGAAUUUUUUUUUUAAGAUCACAACGAGAAUCCCAUAACUUUUUAACAUUACACUUUGGUAUUCUGUCGGCGGCCUAGGAUGAAAUGGGGGAAACUACAUCCACGAUGAACCAUCUUUCACCAUCACCAAGAGAGAAUAGCUUUAUCCUCCCUUGCCAUCACUGAAUCACAUUCGUAUCUACCGCCUAUACUUCAUCACUUUACAAUAUUCAAAGGAUAGCUCGACUGUGUGCAUUACUAUACUAUGCAGUUUUGAAUCUUUGUUUCAUUUCAUUGCAGGGAUUAAAUUUCAGUAUCCACGCAGACGCUGCCUGGGGGGCGUACUUUGCAUGCAUGCUGAGAGAUCCGACAGAUGAUACAGCUAUGAAAAAUGUCAAAGAUGAAGCAUUUGUUCCUGAACUCUCCCUUAAUGCGCACGUUAAAAAGCAGUUGCAAGUACGUAUCCCUCGACAACAACAAUAUUUCCUUCUCCAGAGAAACAUAAUUCAACAAGCGGUCAAAUCUUUGAAUUUUUCUGGAGGUUCACGGAAUUUUUAGGAAAAAUUCAUAGAAUGUUUAAAAAACUGGAGGAAUGUAUAUAGCCUUUGGUGAAAUAAUUGCAAGGUCUUUUGUUUAAGUCACAAAAUGGUUAAAACUGUCUGCAACAUUUGUCGAUAUGCGUACCUAUUCUCAGAUCAUAGGUUAGCGGUUUAAGCGUAGUUUUUCAAUAUUUUCACGUUUGCCACUGCCGCGCUGAAUUUGAAUUUAAGUCAAUCAUUUUAGUUUAGCAGGACAGUAGAACGACGUCUGAAACAGGCCUUAAAUACCCGUUGGCUCCAUGGUCUUAGCUGUCAACUUAUAAGCCAAAUUUUGAUAAUUUUGAGAUUAAAAAAAAUUGACUUGUGUUCGUUAACGGAGGCCUAUAAUCAUCAACAACAACAACACAAAUUUAAAUUAAUAAACAAAUAAAAUUACAAAAGUAUUGCCCGAAGCUAGCAAGGCUAUUCAAGGUGGCACAAUACGUGCAAAAUAUAAGAAAUAAAGACUAACUUAAGGCUACUAGCUAAGGAAAGUUUACAGUUAGUUACAAAUAGAUGAAAUAAAACUCGUAAUAUGGAUGAGGACUAGAUAACAGACUAAAGGAAAAAGAAUUAAACAAAGAAGUUGUAAAAGUAGAAACUAAUAAGCAAGAAUUUAUUUUUUCAACAUUUUUGGCUAAUUUUACCUUUUUAAUUAAAGUGGGCGUAUCAAUAUACUUAUCUUAGGAAUUCAAAAUAUCAAAAAGUAACUUGCGGAGUGUUUUUUCCUUGUUCUUGGGGAGAUGUCGGAUGUUAAAUGGUAACCAGUAACGAGAAUGGUGUCCAUACCGAUCCUGGCUAAUAAUUCUACCUUAUCCAAAAUUCUACCUUAGCCAAAAUACCCUAAUGGAACUUCCACCACAAGAGUAUGAUUUAAAGCUAAACAAAUACUAUGACUUGGCUUUAGAAAGCAAAGUCAUAGAAGAGACUGUUUAAACUACAGUGGUUGCAGUGGUAUUUUUCAUUGGUAUGAACACCUAUAUUUACCGUGGUGAAUUUAUUUACCCAAUUUUAGUAUGUGUAAUCAAAUGGUGACGAGUGAAAUUAGGGAAUAAUUUCACUUGCGUUUUGUCCAAAUCCUAAUAAUUAUUAGGAUUUGGACAAAACGCAAGUGAAAUUAUUCCCUAAUUUCACGAGUAUACCAUUUGAUUACCUAUUAAUAUCAUGGGUGACGAAUUACGUUAGCAAUCUUGGAUUUUUGACAUGUUUAUCCUGGAUCGUAUCGAUCGAGAGCUCCUACACUCUCUCGAAAGUUUAGAGCUUAAAUUUGGCUUAAGUUCAGAGUUUUUUGCCAAAAUACCUGUUAGAAUCCUUCUUAAUGUGCUCUUUCGUGUGUUCAGGUUUUCUAAAGCGUCUUUUUGUCCUCUGACAUCUUCAUUCAUUACAGUUAAAAAUUUCGUCACCAUCUUGACUCUGAGACGUACGAAAGGUUGCCAUGGCAAUUUUGUAAUUUCACAUGUGAAAUUACAAAUUAACGCUGAAAUUUCGCGCCAAAAUUAAGGAGUGAUUCGUCACCUAUGAUAUUAGGAGUAUAAUACAAAGGAUCUUGCCGUUUGGGGUUGCUUUUAUCUUGGCUGGUGUAGGAUAACCCCAAAGGCUACAGGGAUCGAUCAGCUCUGCACUGCAAAGUCAGCUGUUCCGCCAAUUGCAGGCCUGACUCUCUUUCUGUGAUGUCAUUUGGUUAAUGACUUUUCCAUCACUGGGCGAUUGACCAGCAUAAAUUAGCCCGUUAUGAAAAGUUAGCUUAGGAGCAACAAACCUAUCAAAAUGUAAUUUGAUAUAAAUAAUAGCAUACAUUCAAGUUUAGUGAUCACUUCGGUUCUAUAUUAAUUUUGUUGAAGGAUCUUAAGCACUGCGAUACCAUCACCUGCGACCCACACAAGUCUGGAUUCUGCCCGUACCCAGCUGGGGCUAUAUGCUAUCGUGACAAGAAUCUUAACAAUUUCCUCAACUUGUCAAGUGGCGUGCUGUACUACCACGGCGACUCUAACCUUGGCGAUGUCGGUGUCGAAGGUUCAAAACCUGGCGCAGCUGCUUCCGGGGUGUUGCUGGCCAACAAGGUACGCAAUAUCUUUUGAACAGGCUGCAUGCACGAUAUUGCGUCAUUUCCAAUAACCAACAAAACGAUUGGUUCGUCCUUCUGAAUAUAGUAAUGCUUUACACCAUACAAAGAAAUCAUUGGGGUAUUAAAAAGCAGUAUCUUGAUGUAUCGUUGCAAUAAGACCCCAAUAUAACCAAUCUAAGGAAUCCUAGUCAAGUAAUAAAGCAUAAAGGCAGCGAAAGUGUGAAAAUCGUUGGGUUGAAAUUAAGUUACUACCUGUUGAAGGUAUUAAAGACUGACAUUAUAAAUGCCUGCAAAGGUUAUGGGUGAGUGGAACCUUUGUAUGUCAAGGUGCAAAGGGACUGGGUGAACACUUCAAUAAAACGUGGAGUAGAGGAAGUCGUUCUCUAUACUGAGCUUUCUGGCAAAGCGAUUCGUUUGUCUUUUCUCACUGUAGCUCAAACUGCAUAGAUGGCCCUAUCAUAUACUUGGGUUUUUUGUUUUUGUUUUUAUUUCAGUUUCAUUUACUACUUACAUAUAGUUUGUAGGCCCAAUAAAAUCUAUAACAUCAUCGAUGUAUUUUUUAGGUCAUAGGUCUUCACAAGAAUGGCUAUGGUCGCGUUUUAGCCGAAUGCAUGUUUACCUCAAAGAUUCUUUACUGCUACUGGGUAUGCCUGGCCGAAGACGAUGACGACUUUGUUAUUGAAACGACCAAGCCCUUACCCUUCGGGGUAACCAAGGCCUUUAUAAGGGACAAUAUUCUUGGUAAAAGCAACGAGGAGCUGGCGAAGGUACUUUAUGAACAGUGUAUAUUAAUUGAUAUUGUGAUAUUGUGAUAUAUGUGCCAUUGAGGUGACAGACUUAUGAGAAGCCCAAAAACAUUUCGCGCUUUUUCUUUAUGACGAAAAUAUGUACCUACUCACCCAAAUAGGAAGCCUUUCGAUGUCCACCUUGAUAAAAUAAGAUAAGAUACAAUUGUUUAUUUCGAAAGUUCUCCAAUUGGGUGAGGGGAAAAAAAAUUUUACGAAUUAAAAUCUUUUUGUAAAGCUUCCCAAUGAAGUAUUUAUACCCUCUUAAUGAAAUAAAAAAUUUAUGGCUCUUUGGAGAGCACUUUUGUUUGAUUGAAGUAACCACCAAAGAUGUGAUCUAAAACGCAGAUCUACAACUUAUUUCGAUUUAAAGGCUACAGUUAGGAAAAAGUCACUGUAUAUUAAUAUACAGUUACUGUAUUCGUUUCUCUCUCUUUUAGGAUGAAACCCUGAUGACAUUCCUUCAAGAAAUUGGCCCCGACACUCUAAUUCCCUGCUUUUCAGUAAAUAUCCGUAGUAAUAAGGAUGUCAGUAUUACCAAUAAUAUAAUCCAGGCAAUUUUCAACGAUCUUUGUCACAUGUCUACUGGAGAAUCAGAGCAGCGGAUGCCUUUGAUUGUGACGACAUCCACCAUGCAGGACCACAGGCACAGUUCCACUUUAGAGGACUUCAAGGAAAGACUUGGGGUAAGGAGAAAAAAAAGGCAUAAUUAGUCUGACUAAAAGCACUGAUUCUUAUUCCGAAGUUCAAUAAUUAUUUCCUUAUCAGAAAUUAAUAAAAGUAGAGACCUUUAGAUUCUGAGACGAGUACGACUACGAGUACAAGAUUUUCUCAAUACUAAGUAGUGCUCGGCGUGAGCCAGCGUCAUUUUGGCGGGAAAAUGUGGUAGCUGUCGUUACUCUACUACGAGUUUUAGCAAGAAUGUCGAAGUGGCGGAAACUAGUUAUCAAAUGUUAGAAGUUUUAUCAUUCUGCGAUCGGGAGAGGGUGUAACCUCCUUCACUAAAGGUAACAUUGCUAACUUUUCUAGUGAAAAUGGUAAAAUGAAGUUUUCCGGGGAGUCUAUAUUUUGAGAAUACGCGAAAAACUUUAAGUCAAAUCUGGUACUCGCAGUCGUCCUCGUCCUUGAAUCUAAAGGCCUCUAUUAAUAGUGAUAAUGAUAAUGAUGAUGGUGAUAAUGAUGACUGUGAUGAAUUCAAUGAUAACGGUAAUACUAAUGGUAACGAUAAAUUGCUCAUCGCCUAUCCCUGACCCUUUCGGCCUUUUUCUUAGGUGAAUAGACUUUUUACUUCAAGUUGUUAACCAGGUCUGGUUGCCUAGUUACUUAUAGACUGUAGUUUUCAAAAGCAUUUAUCUCGCCGAUUUUUUGAAAACCAACCUACCGAAAUUUGCAGUCAUUUGAGUGAAAAAGGGUCAAAGGCAGGUUUUUAAGCUCGAGAAGUUCCAAAAUCACGGUGACGAAGGGAAAGGAGAGGAGAAAAAGAAAGAGCGAGGAGAAGGAAAAGAAGAGAAGAGAAAAAAAUCAAUGGUUGCACUCCCAGUUGUUAUAACAGCUACUUUUGAGAUAGUUUUUGGCCGAAAAAAACUGUUGGACGCAAAACGUCCUUUUGGCAAUAACGUUUUCAAAAAUCGGGCUAGAUAUUGAUAACGAUGGUUCUAAACGGCCUUUUUGUAAGUAUCCUCCUAAUUCCUCGCACGUGCUUCCAUUGUGCUUUUUGUUUGAUUUUUGUUGUACUUUCUUUCGAAUUAAAUAAAGCUUGACACAACCAACAAGGAUGGAGUCAAAUACGUCAUCACCACUUGCUUAGAUCCCUGGUCCACCUCAAUGGAGUUCAUGGAUGACAUGGCUGCUAUAAUGAGAAAUGCAAUCCUCAGCGCUAUUGGAACUGUAAGUGUUAUUGCUUACCAUCAGUUUUAGGCACUACAUAUUACGCAAUUAGGCAUACUUUCUUUGGAGAACAGGAUUACGCUCAUAAUCCUCAUUCAGGAUCAUAGAUUACACUCGCCUUAGAGAGUUAAACGAGGUUGCAUCUUAAGUCUAUACUGAGUUCAAAUUCUACAAGCCUUAAGCAAGCGAUAGACGAGAGGACAUCCCAGCUUUACGUGAAGUUCAUAACUCGAUUUAUUUGACGAAAGGCUUCACGGAUUAACCCUCAAAACUUCAUCGGUGAUCGUACCUCUGCCCAUAUUGCACCUAAAAGAUAAAAAAGAAAGGGACUCGGCUCAGCUUCCCUCCGAGAGUUGGUUCAACACUACCGUGAGUCGUAUUUUUAGCUGAUUCACCAUUAUAGCAUUGUAGGUUGCAGGCUGUAGUAAAGCAGACGGGAACAUCCUCCUCUUUAUCAAGUCUUGAGCAACCGCGCACGUACGUUACAGUCUUCGUGUUUCUUUUUCAAUAGGUUACUGACCCACCAGACUACCACUCUUUUGUAAGUGUAGACAAGGUGAAUACAGUGGACAAGGAAUUAUAUGUUUGCUAUGCAGGCAACUUUAAUCAGGUCCAGGCUCAGCGACGGUAUUUCGUUGUCGCCAAGUUCAGUUUCACCUCCGACGAUGACAUGGCGACAUUUAAGCAGAAAUCUGAAAGUGGGUCGUCACCAAUCGUUUUGCGAAGUUCUUUACAACAGGACAAGAAAUCACUCCACGACCUUUUGUUUAACGAUUCCGAAGAAACAAGUGAGAGCGAGAAGUUCGACUUUUAUGUUGGUCUUCCUGCUGCGACCAGUGAGCCUUUCAUGACAGCAGACAUGAAGAUUGUUGACGUCCCUCGCUAUGACCAUUUUGACAAAGCUGAUGACGAAUAUCCUGAAAAUGCAACUUACAUCUUGUACGGUGACACAACCAAUGCUUACCUGUUCCACGCUCCCACUAAGUGCCCCGAUUACCUGCAGGUAAAAGCCGUUCCGACAAAAUAAAGAUUUGCAUAGCCAUUUAUAUUAAAAAAGAUUCUACUGAAAAUAACGAAUUCAAAACUAUUUAGCUUCUGGUUAGCUUAACUAACACUUCUCUGUAACAAACCCAAUGGAAUCUAUAUCUUCACCGGAUUUACAGAAAGCGUCACCGGCCUGGCUUAUUUUCCAGUGGGUUAUUCUUUUCUGUAGUACGGUGUAUCUCCCAUAAAAGCUAAAAGAUUUGGCAGGCUUUACGUCUCAACCUGUAUGAAACCUUUGAAAACCCUUUACGUUUUUCUUUAGAGAAAAGAACUAAAAGGUUUACACUUUUAAAUGCGAGAUCGAUUACAUAGUACCUCAGUGUACCCCUUCGUGUUCUUUUGCCAAUGGUAAAAAUGUCUUUUUUUUUUUUAAACAAAUAUAAAUAAAGAAAUACACUGGUUUUGUAGACGUCACGGUAGAAAGUGACCGGGAAGGCAAAAAGUUAGCCUGGCAGAAACAAACAAUUCGCCAGGUAUCGGGGAGGCUACGUUAUCUCUGGGUUAACUUAAUUAAACCACUGGGUAUAGUUUCACUAGGUCUGUUACAGAGGGGUGUUUAACUGGUACAACUGUUUGGAGAGCUAACUAUCAACUCAAUUCCCCGACACUCAGGAUCUGCAUAAGAAACCUGAAGAAGAGCUGUUGCCUAAUUGUCUCCCAUCCGUAAAUGGUAAGACCACCCUGUUUAUUGUCGGAUGAGGGCUCUGAAUCGUAGGCUCCAUGGCACAGAACUUGUGUGUUGUAACAGUCUCUGGCAAAGAUCGUCUUUAGUAUGAAUCUCUAGGGAACAAUUACAUAUCCAAGCCCCAUUUGUGAUAGCCUUACCACUUUGAUGAAUGGUUAAUUGAAAAUCAUAAUUGACGAAUAUAAAAUGAAGACAGGCACGUUUCCUUACCUGUAUGAAAAUCUUAUAGGCCAUCCCUAGUUCCAACAGCUGUCACUUUCAAAACGAGGCCAAGGGCAAAAUUGCUUUAUGGUGAAAAUGAAUUUUAUAUGCACAAAAAUAAAUAUAAAUAUAUAUAUAUAUAUAUAUAUAUAUAUAUAUAUAUAUAAACUUCUGUGUCGAAUGAAGAUACUAAAAACAAUGAAAAACGAAAGUCUUCUUUGCUUUUGCGCUACGCGUUUCACCGCUGUUGCGGCUCUUCAGGCAUAGCAAAGUGUUUUUAUUAACUUAUUACGUCACAGACGUAAUUGUAAUUACAAUUAUAAUGGCUCUUGUAAAACGGAAAGAUAGUAAACUGAAAACCCUAACCUCAACGAACUUGAUUUACGUAAUAACAUGUGCAGGAUGUGGACAUAAUUAUAUAGGAGAAAGGGGUGAUGUCCUGAGAAAUAGAGUGACAGUUCAUAAACAACAAAUCAGAGACCCGCACACACGUAUGCUGGGAGUCAGUAAGCAUAUCGAUGAAUGUGCGGCGGGAUUGACUCCUCAGUUUACUAUCUUUCCGUUUUACAAGAUUCUCAGCCCCUCCGAGGGCAUGAGAAAAAACAAAGAGAGGUUUUUUAUUUUGAAAUAUAAACCCGUUCUUAAUGAUUUGAAAUUACGCUUAUUGCUCGCGUGCUACGAAUUACAAGAGCCAUUAUAACUGUAAUUACAAUUACGUCUGGGACGUAAUAAGUUAAUAAAAACACUUUGCUAUGCCUGAAGAGCCGCAACUGCGGUGAAACGCGUAGCGCAAAAGCAAAGAAGACUUUCUUUUUUUAUUGUUUUUAGUAUAUAUAUAUAUAUAUAUAUAUAUAUAUAUAUAUAUAUAUAUAUAUAUAUAUAUUAUAAAAUAACUGAGAUAGUACGCGUGAUCUGAUUGGUCGAAAACCUAUGGUUUAUUAUACCGGUAAACCCAUAGAAAAAGGCAUCCGGACCACGAGCCAUAAACAAAACUGACUAUUGAUCUGCAAACAACGAUUUUAGAAAGGCUAAAAAAAUGAACAAGUUACUUACCCAGCCCUUCUAAACAUUAAAAGUGUUGGUUUCCACAUUUUAUUACUGAGCUUCACAAUUCGCUACUGCCAUAGCUUUAGAAGUUAUAAAGUACAAAGCUGGAAAGCAGUUUACAUUUCACGACGAUGCCAAAUCGCAGAGAAAGACAACAAAUGUGUGAAUUUCUUGUGUAGAAAGUCUCUAGGAAAACUUAACCAUAUGCCAACCAGCAACAAAACGGAUAGUUUUAGCAUUCUUGAUUUAUUUUAUGUCAAAAUUAAAUUCCUUCAUGAAAGAAAUUGUUCCAAAAAGAGAUCUCUGAUCAAGAUAUGGUACAAAAUCGGCCGCUGUAGGUUGUAAACAAGCUGCCAACGAUGAUGAAAGAUGUCAGAGUUUCGGCUGGUUUUUUCCAACAUUUGUACAAAUUAUUCGGUGAUAUCGAUGCCAUAACCUACCUCAAACCACCUGACUUCACAAAUCGACAAACAUUAACGCCAAUAUGUGGCUACGGCAAAAAAAAACCACCGGCCUUUCUCCACCACUGACAGAUUUCCAUCGGUGACUGUACGUGCAUGUAAAGUUACAUGCGACAACUUCGCAAAUGCAGCCACGUCGCAGCGUUUCUUGAUCAUGAUAAAGCCCAGAAAACAGAUCUUAAACCACUGCGGCUUGUAAAAAAGUGAAUGAAGUCCUCCAUUACAAUAGCUGCCAGUUCCGUCUGUAAGCACGAAAUUCUUACGGAUCGGCUCAACAAAAUACAGCUGCGUACAGUCUGAUGUUCAAUUUUCUACUUCUUUAGUAAACAAACCAUGAACGUAUUGUUUCAUUGUACGUGCGCAUGAAUAUGUGUUGACUUUUCCUGUAAAACAGCUUUCAUAAGUUAUCAUGUAACGAGUGCAAAAACUCGUGUUUUGAAGUACUGCUGUUUGUUGUUUGACUGAACUGAGUUUUGAGAAAGUUCUGCGCUAUUAAAUCGUGAGUCAUGAUUGGCUUAUGAUGACUUUAGAGAGAAGACAUAAAUCGAUCACGGUACUAAAACCAUAUUUUUUACCUAAAAGACUCCACUCUACAAAAGGUUAUUUUAUAAAAACAAUAGACCACACUUUCAAUGGGUUUACCGGCGUGAUAACCCACUUGGGAUGUUGGGAGAACACUCAAAAAGCUUGUAAAUCACUCGCCUUCGGCUCGUGAUUUACAAGCUUUUCUCGUGUUCUCCCAACAUCCCGCGUGGGUUAUCACUCCGGUAAACCCAUAGAAAGUGUGGUCUAUUGCUUAAAUAUAUAUAUAGUUUAUAUCAGUGGCUUUUCACUUAGCCUCGCUUUGAAACAGAGUCUUGAAGCAACCUGGACAUGGCCUAUUUGUGGGUCCCCCUUAUCAUUAUUCCAUACAUUAUUAUUUUAAGGCGUUCUAUCUGUUCACGUCCUUUGGACACCAAUUUGCCGCCUUGUUAUUUUUAAAUGAAACAGGACUUGGUAAUUAACAGGUAAUUAAAUUCUUGGUUUAAGUUUCAAUCCUUUUCUUUUCAUGUACGUGUUCGCUUACAACCUUCUUUGUCGUUGGUACUGUCUAGAUUGUAUGCCUUAAAGAAGUCCCCACUGGUCUUGGCGAUAUUCAGGAAAAAGAAGUAAUUCUCAAGCAAGGCGUAGAUGCUGAGAUUCUUGGGGUUCCUGGGGCAACGACCGAACAAGGAGGGAAGAUUGUGGAUCCCCUAAUAGAUCCCGAAGCAGAUCCACAAAAAACAUACGACAUCCACUUCGUUGGAAUUCAGGGGCAGGAAGUUACGACAGCUGUCGCUAUAAAGCGGAAGAUUUGGUUCGAUGGCGAGGUUUUGAACGAAUCCGCUGCGACUCCCUGAGUAUCUCGUGAUUGAAGACCACCGGUCUCCUUGGAAAUUGAGAAAAGUUCUAGAUAGGGGCCUGAGACCCAUCAUAAGCACGUUUAGAAAGAUGCAUAACUAGUGGGAAAGUGCCAUAUGUGCAUGUAGAGUAAUGAGAUUAACCAUGCAUUUGAUAAAACUUGACAAAUGAUUUAAUGGACUUGAUCGAUUUGUAUGCACAGCCCACUUUAAUUCUAGGCUUUCAGAAAUUUAAGCAUACAGCUUAGUCCUCAAGUAACAUUAGCGUGAAACAACGGAG